AUGGGCAAAGAACUUGAAAAGAGCAAGGAUUAACAUGGAUCUUCGAGCAAGAAGAAUAAGAAGGACAAGAAGGACAAGAAGGAAAAACAUAAGAAAAAAGACAAGAAAUAGAAAAAGGAGGGUUAAAAACAAAAGUAAUAGAAGAAAAAUUAGUGGGGAAGAUAUGGCACAAUUAGCAAUACAGACAUGUAUUUAAAACGUGAGGAGUUUUUGAUGUGGCUUUCCGAUGUUAAGAUGCUUAAUAUUGAAGCAAUCACGCCACAAGAGGAGAAGAAGUUUUUCGAAGAAUACGUUGAAUGUUAUAACACAGCGACAUUUCCAUCCAAAAAGUUUUAUAACUUCAAGGUUUGGUUUGAGAAAGAACAACUUAAGGAGCAUUUGCAAUAAGCAGAAAUUGAAAUGCUCACCUUCGAUGAUGAGAAGGAAAAACAGAAAGAACAAUAGGAAUAGAAGGAGUUGAUCAAAAAGCAAAAAUUAUAAAGAGAAUAUUAACAUCUUCAUGAAUUUUAGAAUAUUGUAAUAAAUUGGUUAUUUAUUAAGGCACAAGACAUGCAAAAAUAGAAACAACUAUAAGAACUCUUGAGACAUCAUUUUCAAAUGGGCAAUCAUGAAGCUGCUGUGAAAAUUCAAAAGCAACUCAAUCCUAUCCAUACUCUUGAUAUGAAUCAAAUCUAACAACAACCACCAAUUGACUACGACUACGAUUAUGAGAAUUUCUGA